AUGGAGAAGUACAUCUCCUACUUGUGCUGCAGAAACCUCAGAAAAAGGGAAAUCGCUUCCCCCGAGCGGCUUCCGCCCUUCUCCAAGCUGCCCGAGCGGACGAGCGCAGCCGUCUCCCGGGCGGCUGAGAUCAUGGAGACCUCCAUCCGGGUGAUGGGACUCCAGCGUCCGCGGCAUCCGACUGACACCUUAUCGGAAGAUCUACUGCAGGUCAUCGCGAACGUGUCCGGAUGCCUCCCCUACAUGCUGCCGCCAGAGUGUCCAGACACGUGCCUGGCCGGCAAGUACCGGCUCAUCACGGGAGCCUGCAACAACAGAGAACACCCCCGCUGGGGCGCCGCUAACACAGCCCUGGCGCGGUGGCUGCCUCCUGUCUACGAAGAUGGCUUCAGCCAGCCCAGGGGCUGGAACCCCGGCUUCCUGCACGGCGGGUUUCCCCUGCCGCCGGUGCGGGAGGUGACCAGACAGGUCAUCCGAGUUCCGAACGAAGCUGUCACGGAGGAUGACCGGUAUUCCGACCUGCUGACGGUGUGGGGACAAUAUAUCAGUCACGACAUCGCGUUCACACCUCAGAGCACCAGCAGGGCCGCCUUCUCGGGAGGGGCCGACUGCCAGCUGACCUGUGAGAACCAGGACCCCUGCUUCCCUAUACCGCUCCCCGAGAACGCGUCUUCGGCGCGCCCCUCCUGCCUGCCGUUUUACCGCUCGUCCCCCGCCUGCGGCACCGGGGACCAAGGCUGGCUCCUGGGCAACCUGUCCAGGGCGAACCCGCGGCAGCAGAUGAACGGGCUGACGUCCUUCCUCGACGCCUCCACGGUGUAUGGCAGCUCCCCCGCCGCCGAGAGGCAGCUGCGGAACUGGACCAGCGCCGAGGGGCUGCUGAGGGUCAACGCGCGCCACCGGGACGCGGGCGGCCGCGCCUACCUGCCCUUCGCGCCGCGCCCCGCGGCCUGCGCGCCCGAGCCCGGCGCCCCCGGCGCGGCCCGCGCCCCCUGCUUCCUGGCCGGGGACGGGCGCGCCAGCGAGGUCCCCUCCCUGACGGCGCUGCACACGCUGUGGUUGCGCGAGCAUAAUCGCCUGGCCGCGGCGCUCAAGGCCCUCAACGCGCACUGGAGCGCGGACACCGCCUACCAGGAGGCGCGCAAGGUCGUGGGCGCCCUGCACCAGAUCGUCACCCUGCGGGACUACGUCCCCAAGAUCCUGGGCCCCGAGGCCUUCGAGCGGCACGUGGGGCCCUACGGCGGCUACGACCCCGGCGUGAACCCCACCGCGUCCAAUGUGUUCUCCACGGCCGCCUUCCGCUUCGGCCACGCCACGGUCCGCCCAUGGCUGCGGCGGCUGGACGCCAACUUCCAGGAGCACCCCGACCUGCCCAGCCUGCACCUGCGAGAUGUCUUCUUCAACCCCUGGAUACUCAUCCACGGAGGUGGCCUGGACCCGCUGCUGAGGGGCCUGCUCGCGAGCCCGGCCAAGCUGCAGGUGCCGGCCCAGCUGAUGAACCAGGAGCUCACCGAGCGGCUCUUUGUGCUGCCGAACUCCAGCACCCUGGACUUGGCGUCCCUCAACCUGCAGAGGGGCCGUGACCACGGCCUGCCAGGGUACAACGCGUGGCGGCGGUUCUGCGGGCUGCCCCGGCUGGAGACCCCCGCCCACCUGCGCGAGGCCGUGGCCGACCGGAGCGUGGCGGACAAGAUGGCGGCCCUGUACAAGCACCCGGACAACGUGGACGUCUGGCUGGGCGGCCUGGCGGAAGACCUCCUCCCGGGGGCCCGCACGGGCCCGCUGUUCGCCUGCCUCAUCGGGAAGCAGAUGAGGGCCCUGAGGGACGGCGACAGGUUCUGGUGGGAGAACGGCCCCGUCUUCUCGGACGCGCAGCGGCGCGAGCUGGGCAAGCACUCGCUGUCCCGCGUCAUCUGCGACAACACGGGCCUCGCCAGGGUGCCCGCCGACGCCUUCCGUGUCGGGAGGUCCCCCGAGGACUUUGUGUCCUGCGAGGACGUCCCCGGCCUGAGCCUGGAGCCGUGGAGGGAGGCGUUUCCUCAAGAUGACACGUGUGGCCUCCCGGGAAAGGUGGACCACGGGGACUUCGUGGCGUGUGCGGAGUCUGGGCGGCGCGUGCUGGUCUACUCCUGCCGCCACGGGUUCGAGCUCCACGGCCGAGAGCAGCUCGCGUGCACCGGGCAGGGCUGGGACUCCCCGCCCCCCGUCUGCGCAGAUGUGGACGAGUGCGCGGACCCCGCGCGCGCCCCCUGCCACGCCUCCGCGCGGUGCCGGAACACCAGGGGCGGCUUCCAGUGCGUCUGCUCCGACCCGCACGUGCUGGGCGACGACGGCAGGACCUGCGUAGACUCCGGGCGGCUCCCGCGGGCGUCCUGGGUGUCCAUCGCGCUGGGCGCCCUGCUGGUCGGCGGCGUGGCGGGUCUGUCCUGGGCGGCCAUCUGCCGCUGGACGCGCUCUGGAGCUAGAUCCACGCUGCCGGUCACGGAGAGAGGCGGGAAGGCCACCGCCCAAACGGGAUGCGGACAAGGGCAGGACGUGGGGGUCUCACGGUGCAGCGCCAUGGCCCAGGACCCGGAGCAGGGCCCCAGGGCUGGAUCCCAAAUCCUCCUCUGCAAGUAGGAAGCCUUGCUCCUCGGAAAGCCGGCACUCACGAGCGUAUCCUCGGGGCUGCCUCCUCCGGGCAGGUGGAGCACCGCGGAGCGGGGACCUUCCUCAGUGGUGCGUGAGAAGGACAGGUGGCCUGUCCCCUCCGUGGUCCUCUGUGAAGGUCGCUCCCGUCUGGGCGUGUCUCAUGCACAGUGUGUGCAGCUCUGAUGCCGUCGGAAGCCGCGCACGGUCGGUGUUGGGGCUGAGCUUUCGCGUGGGAGGGGCGGCGAGGGCUGGGGCACCCCGGGCUGGCAGACGGCCCAACUGGGACAAACCGGCUGGGCGUGGACUCGGCAAAGCAGCCUUGUGUUCCAAGAUCACCAGUGAGACUGUUCCCCAAAGACGGGCCCGGUGUUCCCGCUGGUGUCUGUGGAGCGCAGACGCGAGUGGGGCAGCCGCCGCGGGUCCAGCCUUUGCCCGUCAGCGUGGCCUGACUCCUCCCCUCGGGGCUUUGCCGUAAACAUGUACUUACA